AUGGACCAGCCCGCAACAGAGAGACAAUGGACCGAGCAUGAGAAGAUAUACCUACUCGCCGAAAUAUUAAAGGCUGCUCCGGUAUCUUCUCAUGUCCUGUACGGCUUCAUCCGCGACUAUCAGGUACAAGUGCGAUGGACCGAUAUGGCCCUUCCGUCUGGCCGCUCGCUCAAUUCAUGCCAAAGAGCAUACGCUGACAUCGCCACUUCUAACUCUGGCGCUGCCUAUGGACGUCCUCCACUUCCAAACCCGGGCACGUACCCUGGGUCUGAGCUCGCCAGAAAAAGACCUUUCUCUCAAGAGGUGGCUCCACUCGGUCGCCUUCUACAACCUCGUCCACCACCACACCCGUAUGCAGGCGAAUACAUGCCCGUCGGUAGUCCUGCGUAUGCAACCGCAGCCAGCGCUGGUAACGAACCUGCGAACAAAAAGAAGCGGGGGAGACCAACGAAAGCAGAAGCACAGCAAAGAGCACAGGAGGCAGCAGCACGCGGCGAACCCUACCCACCUCCCCGGAGAGGGCGGCAGUCAAUCACGGCGCACCCCGAGCCCUCCUCUGGGCUCAGCCCCGAACAACGACCGCAAGCGCACACCCCGCCACAAACGACGGCACACACGCUGCCCACGAAUACUACGACUCCUCAACAUCAAAUACAUACCGAGCAAAAUUCUGAAUCUUCUUCAGGCAAAAAGCGGCGCGCGCGCCCACAGCCGUUAGAGUUAGAGAAACCCCAACGGCAGUCCAGCGAAAUGCAGUCCCCUCUCGCCUAUGGAUCCGCGGAUCUCACUCGCAGCCACACGUAUUCCUCUUACACGCCUAUUUCCGCUCCCUUGCCAUCUUCAGCAGACUCUAGAGAUAGAGACACGCGUAUGGAAGGGAUUGAAGAGGCGCAACCGCGAACUACGACACCUCAUUCGUUUAAAGACACAGUCGGCAUAUGA